CACGAACAAACGUCAAAAACAUUUUAAACAAAGUUUCACCUCUCGCUGCAUGAAUCAAAGAAAAUUUAGGCCAGAAACGUAAAUUACACACAAAAAUUUACACAGAAAAGCCGUUGGCGUGUGUUCCCUGUUGGAGCCGUGGAAAAGUAAUAAUUGAAUAAAAACUGUUUGCAUCGGUGUGGUACUACGUGCGACCACACUUUUGGCCGUACACCCAUAACGCAGGGCAGUGGCAGGUUGGUAUCAGCAACUGGCAAGCAAGGCACGGUGUGGUGCAGUGUAUUUGUGUUACUAACAAGUUCAUUUGGAGUUGUCGCAACGGCGCUCGAUAGGAUGGACGCAAAAAAUGACGAUUCGGCAGGAAGCGAUUCGCUGGACAAGUCUUUGCAAAAGAAAUGUGUAGUCGAUGAUGUUGGUCAGGGUGAGGGUUUAACGGCAAAUCCUUCGCUGACGAAAGGCAUUAGUGAUAGAAAUGAUAAACAAAAAUCGGAUACUGAAGCUGAAAAUCGACCUGCAAUUUCCAUUAAUUCACAAAACAAGACUGAGAAGAGUGCUGGUGAUGGCGUAUGCGGUAAUUUCGUGGAGAAUAGUUGCCGAAUCGAUGGAAAAUGUGACAGUAGCAUCCUCAGCGCAGAUAUUACAAACGAAACAAAAACACCACUAGUAGUUGAUUCACACGAUGCGGCUAACGCCGCCAAAGUCAAAACCAACGCGGUAGAAGGCAAUACGGGCACUCGCAGCAGUGAUGACACAGCCAUUUCCAAUAAUAUAGUAAAUGAUGCUGCAGAAGCGCCAAGCGAAAGCAACUCUAAUAGCAGCAACAACAGCACCAAUAGCAACAGUAAUUGUAGCAGCAACAAUAGUUAUGCCUUUGAAACAAAAGUUAAGCAGAUCUCCAAGAACCUCAAAGAGACAACUCUGGCUGAAUGUGCGAAUAAAAAAGCCUCAACAGACGAUACCAAUUCCACCUCGUCCGCAUCUUCAGCCUCCUCUACACCGGAGUGUGAACAGCCGACAAUUGAUGCCGCGACGGCGGCUUUAUACUCGUUGGGUCCUAGCACUAGCGCGGCAGCAGCGGCGGCGGCGGCAGCAGCAGCUGGCGGUGCCAGUGCACAAGACGAACAUGAUCAUCGCUCAAAAAAAGUUCGGUUUCAUCCAGAUGUUAAAGAAAAUGAUGGUGGUAAUAGGAUUAUGCCCAAGAAGAAGAAGAAACUGAAAACAAUUCAGUUUGGAGCUAGCACUGCUGGUAGCACUGGAAGUGCUGGAGGAGGUGAUGAAGCGUCAGGUAGAAGUCAACGGGGCACAUCAGGUGCAGAUGACAUGGAGUUCGAUGAGGAGGAAUAUGUGGAAGAAGAAGAAUGUUUCAGUGCAUCUAAAAUGAUAGAAGAUGCGAUUUAUUAUUUAAUGGAACAUCCGUUGACAUUUGCCGGUUCCUUUGAUAAAAGUAAUGUCACCACACAAAGCGGUCUCCUGGAAGAAGAAGACUUACCACAGUUAUCAGAAACACCAGAAGAUGACGAAGAAGACUUCUGCGGUCAAGAGUUUCCGGAAAAUGGAGUUGCAUGCAUUUUAGGCAAACAGAAUAAAUGUGGAAAGGUGGAGUUCCUCCUGCGUUAUAUAGAUCGGCCUGGCUUGUUUUGGGAAACAGAGGAAUUCAUUGGCCAGCGAUGUCCCAAUUUACUUAAUCAGUAUGAGCAAUGCCGCGAAAGACGUCAGGCGCGCUUAAUGAACUUCGUCGCGAAACGUCAAAACUUACGGCAACGAUACACAGACUUCUAGGGACAGAUGUGUUCAUGUUGAGGUUGACUUGACUACUGGAAUUACAACAAUAUUUCGCUUUAUCGAGUUUGCGAUGCAGAAAUGCUGCUUACGAAAAAAAUAGUAUAUUCAAAAUCAAUACAAUACAAAAAGUAUGAAAUUUAACACAAAAUUGCUGCUUUAUUAGAAUGGCAAUAUGUACAGUAAAUUCCAUGAUGUUCUUCAAAGACAACGAGGGACACAACAAUAAUUCAAAACCAACUGCAAGAUGUGCUACAGCAUUCGUAGCAAUCAUCCCUCCCACAUUUUCAAUUGAGAAAUUUAUACGGCAAAUGCUUUUUUAUAGUACCCAUAUGACCUUAGUUCACACAUUCUGCUGAAGUGUCCAUCAUGUUGGCGAAAAUGACCAGAAACAGUGAAACCAAGAAAAGUAGCUGGACUUGUAUAUGUAAAGGAUUUUUAUCAACGUGCUCAUUUAAUGAAAAUGAACUGUUAAAAGAAAAUGGAACUUAAGGAUCGGGAUUUAAAGAUAUGCAAAACAUACCAGCAAAAAAAGCGCAUUGCAAAAACCUAAUAAAUCGAUGAUAGUAACUAAUUAAUUAUAUAAUAAACUAUAAGCAAAAGUCUAAUAAGA